AUGGAUUCACAUAAGAGAAAGUUAGCAGGAAAAGCCACAAUAAGACUUGCAGUGUUUGUGGAGCUAUUGGACAUAACAAGAGAUACCAUGGCCAGCAGCUGCGAUUCGGGACCAUGGAAGAAGGAGGAUGACUGUGAAUCUGAUGGGGACGCUGACUUGGAUCAAGUCAGCCACCCUCUCUUCGUCUUCUCUUCUCCUCCAUCUUCUCCAUCACGCAAUCUGAGAAAACUCAGAAGGCUUUCUCUACUUCAGAGAUUGGUUCUUCAGCAAAACCAGCUGCAAGGAAAGAUACCGUCGGAGAUUGGUUAUUGCAGUGAGCUUGUUGUGCUUGCAUUAUCCAAUAACAACAUCUCCGAUGACAUCCUUGCAGAACUUGGAAGCUUGGCCAACCUGCAAACACUCAACUUGGGAAAUAACUCACUGGAAGGUGAGAUGCGGAGUCAACUCCGAAAGCUAAAUCAACUCAUUUACCUUAACUUCAUGGCCAACAAGCUUCAAGGUACAAUUCCAAAGUCUUUUGGGAGACUUUUUUCCGGGCCAUUGUCGAGGAAGCUCUACCAAAACUCUUCAAAGUUGGAGCGCUUGUUUCUUUCUACUAACAAUUUCACUAGAGAAAUUCCUGUGAGUUUUGUGUCAUGUCAAUAUCUGAAGCAGUUGGACUUGGCCAAUAACAACCUCAAUGGUUUGAUUCCAUUAGAGCUCGAUGAGUUCUUGAACCUCACUGAUCUCCUUCUCAACAACAACAGCUUCUCUAGCACCAUUCCCAGGAGCCUAGGUAAUCUCAGCAGCCUUCAAACACUCACAUUGUACCACAAUGAGCUCAGAGGAAGAAUCACUGAAGAAUUAGGCAUGUUGUACAACUUAGUCCAUGGAAACGACGGAGAAGGAACGAAGGAAAUGACAGAGGAGAAGAGAGGGUGGCUGACCUAG